CCACUACGUCGACCAUCGAAACAAACGCAUUGUGUAUGACCUAGAGUAAGCUCACGUAUAGCGAUGUCACUCGAGAACAACCGCACCCUUGCCAUCCUGCGCAAAGCAGAGGCAGAGGGAUACGGCAUACUCGCCCAGACAUGUUACGAUGCGAACUGCGUUAUAGGUCUGGUGCGCGCUGCCGAGCGCGCUCGUAGUCCAGCGAUCAUCCAGAUGUUCCCCAUCACACUCGAGUUCGGAAAGGGUCCAUGGCUGCAAUUCUGCCUGAACGCCGCCCACCAAGCCUCAGUUCCGAUCGCGGUGAACCUGGAUCACGCAACCGAUCCGGAGCACCUGGAACUCGCGCUCUCGCUCGCCGAGCAGGGUAUCGCGUUCGACAGCAUCAUGGUCGACGCCAGUCAUGCGGAGACAGACGAAGAGAACAUCGCCCUCGCGCGGCCGUACGUUGAGCGAGCGGCGAAAUGUGGCAUCGCCGUGGAAGUCGAGCUUGGUCGUCUCGAGGGUGGCGAGGCCGGUUUACGCAUGAUAUCCGACGCGAAGCUCACCAGACCUGAGAAGGCACUCGAAUUUAUGGAAGGGACUGGCGCGCUGGUGUUGGCACCGAGCAUCGGUAACCUCCACGGGUUGUACAUAAACCCUCCUAACUUCAGACAAGACAUCCUUCAGGACCUGCAGAAGACAUUCGAGGGCAAGAUCCCGCUCUGCUUGCACGGCACCGACCAGCUUCCAGACGAGCUGUUCAAGGAGUGCAUCAAGAACGGGAUCUCGAAGAUCAAUAUUAACAGCUGGGGUCGGGACCCCUACGCGAAGAAACUCGCCGAGAGUCUGCAGAGCAAGCCGUUCCCCGACGCGGUCGACGAUGCGACAAAGGUGUUUGAGGAGGUCUGCGAACGCUUCUUCAAGCUGUUUGGAUCCGCAGCGAAGGCGUGAAAGAAGGUUCAGUAGGAUGUAUCAUCUGUAUUUUUAAGCGAUGUGUACGAUAUGCUACCGCCAAC